AGACAUUUGCAGACGGUAACCCUGUGGCGGUGUGUGGAAAACAAAAUGGAGGACGGCGAACGUUGUGAUUGUGAUAUAGAAGAAAAACAGAAAAACGGAGAAUCUCCUUCUCCUACAAGCGCAGAAGACCCUGUCCUCAAAGCGCUCACAAUCUCCGGUAGAUCCGCUUAUGCCAGACUUUGCUGCCUGAUUUUGAUCGGACUUUAUCCGACAAAACCCGAAAGGAAUUGGAUUAGAUCAAUUACUUGUGAAUUACUCAAGAACAUUGCCCCUGAUAACAAAGAUUUACACUCUUACAUAGCAGAAAGGAUUGAUAACUGCGAGGAAUAUGAUAACAUAGAAUCCGAAAUAGAGUCAGCUGUCAGUAUUCUAAUAUUAGAAUUAGGAGAGAGGGCAAACUGGGUAGUCACCAUUCUUAAGGAUUUGAUUGUGUUCUCCUUGCGUACAGGUGUAUACGAUGCACGAACUCGUAUGCUGGCUGUACGAGUGGCAGAAGAGUUGAAUGCUAGACUAGACGACAUUGUAGAUGUUGAAGAUGAACUGGUAGUUGAGCUUAGUGCUAAAAAGACUGAGGAAGAAUUAGCUGAAGAAGAAAUACGUAAAAAAGAAGAAAAGAGAAGGAAACUUAAGCGCAAUCUACUCAUCGGGUUCGGUGCAGUAGCUGGGGCUACUAUUUUAGGUCUUACAGGGGGUCUAGCUGCACCCCUUAUUGCCGCAGGAGCCGGCACACUGCUAGGAGGAGGGGCGGCUGCCGUCUUAGCUGGUGUUCAGGGACUAGCAAUUAUUACUUCAUUAUUCGGAGCUGCUGGAGCAGGACUAACAGGAUACAAGAUGAAAAGACGUCUUGGGGAAAUAGAACAGUUUGAGUUUGAGAAGCUGACUGAUGGUGAUCACCUUCACCUCACAAUUGCAAUAUCCGGAUGGCUGGAAGAGCCAGAUCAAGAUGAUGAGGAAGAAAUGCCAGAGACUGACGAAGAAAAAGGAUUCAAGGAACCGUGGAGAACAAUGAGGCUUUCCCGAGAAAGAUACUGUUUGAAAUGGGAACCCAAGUAUCUGAGGGAAGUAGGGUCAGGUAUAACAUCGCUUGUCACAUCUGGUGCCAUCUCCUUGGCAACACAGGAAGCGCUUAAAUUCACAAUACUUCAAGGUAUCAUGUCGGCGAUAGCCUGGCCAAUGAGUGUUCUUAAGCUUGGCUACCUGAUUGACAAUCCUUGGGGUGUGUGCGCUCGCAGGGCUGCUGAAGUCGGCAAGCAGCUCGCCAGGGUCUUAGUGGAGAGGGAACAGGGCUGUCGACCUGUAUCUCUGAUUGGGUUCAGCUUUGGCGCUCGUGUGAUAUUCCACUGCCUUAAAGCGCUUGCCAAAAUGAAAGGUGGCGAGGGUUUAGUUCAAGACGCCAUCUUGCUAGGUGCACCAGUAACUGCUGACAUUGGGGAUUGGAGCGCUUUUGAGAAAGUUGUCGCUGGUCGAAUAGUUAACGGAUACUGCAAGUACGACUGGCUGUUAAAGUUUGCUUACCGCACUGCGGCUGCGCAGAUGACGAUUGCAGGAUUACAGCCGGUCAAGUGGGAAAACAGACGAAUGGUGAACAUAGACCUCAGCGCCGUGGUGAAUAGCCAUGGCGAUUACGCCAAGCCUGAGAUCAUGUCCCGUAUCCUGAGUACCAUCGAGAAGACGCAGCCCGGAGUAGGCGUGGUACAGGAUAGACAGCGGACACAUGAUCCACGUGAUAAAGAAGCCCAAGAAGAAGAGCGUAGUUGAUUCUCUAACGAGGGAUUGACACCUUUGUGCACUCAGCGGCUAGCAGACAUGUAGGCCUGGAUUUGAACGAUGAAGGCGGCCCUCUUGGGAUGUGGGUGU